AUGGCGAGCAGCAGCAAGUCGUCGUCCUCGAGCUCGCCGCAGCUGGUUGCUGCCGCGCUGCUUGUGGCCGCCGUGGUGGCGGCGUCCGUCCUGGUGGCGGCGGAGGCGGUGUGCGACAUGAGCAACGAGCAGUUCAUGUCGUGCCAGCCCGCGGCGGCCAAGACGACGGACCCGCCGGCGGCGCCGUCGCAGGCGUGCUGCGACGCGCUGACGGGCGCGGACCUCACGUGCCUGUGCGGCUACAAGAACUCGCCGUGGAUGAGCGUCUACAACAUCGACCCCAAGCGCGCCAUGGAGCUCCCCGCCAAGUGCGGCCUCGCCACGCCACCCAACUGUUAG